CCAGAAUUUUGUUUCUAUCUUUCUUUUCCAGUUCAAAAAGAGAUCGUUCAUUUCCAUUCUGAUUUAGAUAUUGAAGUUGAAGAUGUCACUGACCAUUACAAUAUUAAUACUUUUCUCCAGCAAUUAUCAGUGAAAGAUAUAUUAGAAAAGGCAGAGAAUGGAUCCCCUUUUGUUGUUGCUAUAAUUGAAGACUCCAUUGGAAACAAGCAUUCUUAUAAUUUCCUGUGUCCUGGCAGAGAAAUAGUAAUUUACAAAAAGUUUCAGGCUGGAAGAAUCUUAGCUUCUGAAAUCAAGAAUAACUCCUCUAAAAGAUACUUUUUAAUUCCUGAGAGCUACAAGGGGAAAUUCAAGAGACAACCUCGUGAAUUCCCAACUGCCUAUGACCUGGAAAUAGCAAGGGACAUGAAGGAAAAGCUUCAUGUUGUAGCUACAAAAGCUUUUGACUGUCCGCAUGAAGAUAUGUGCUCUGUUUCUGUUGGGGAUAAUUUUUUGAUUCCCAAGUACCAGAAAAGCCAAGUUGUUGAAUAUGGAAGGAAGUGUGUGGAGACUGCAUUACCUUGUGAACAAAUUAUCUUGCCAAAUAAAGUCAAUAAGACCGUCCUUCUUCCGAUGUUCAUGGAAGGAGGCUUUAAUGAAGUUGUGCAUGAUAAGAAUCAAUAUGAUCUUUCUGAGCUUUGCAACAAUUCCCACCUUCCAUUAAAUGUCACAGUUGGCAUAAGGGAUCUUUCCACUCAGGAGGAUAUUUUGGUUGGCAUUCCCUAUCUGCAGCUUGAAGAGAAAAUCAACGAUUCUUACUUGUUAAUCAGCAAUCUCAAUAAUCCCACAGAGAUUUGGGAAGUUUCUGUGCACUGUUUAAAUAUGUCCUUCCAAUUGCUGAGAGAAUAUCCAGACGAUAGUGUGCAUCCCCAAAUAAAAUCAAUUGUAGAAGAGAUUACCGAAGACCAGUACUAUAUGAUGAGAAAAUAUAAAAAUCAAGCCACAAUCCCGCCACCCAGACCUCCUAAAGUACACCUUGUAGAAGAAUCCAAAUAAUCUUUUCCCGUUGUUCCAGUUCACCAUCUGUUUGAUACACCAGAAGAUGACAAGAUAGAAGACACAUAGAAAGAUACUACUUAUAAAACAGAAACCCAGCUUCUCAUUUCAUUACAUGUCUAGUUGUUCCAAAAUUAUUCCAAAAACCAUUUAGUUCCACAUUUGUGUGGGACUGUUGGUUUUCAUCACACCUUAAUUCCUUUAGAUUUUAAUUUGUUGUAUUUAUUUAUUGCAUUUAUAUGCUGCAAUUACAAAACUCUUGUUGUCAAUAAGUCAUCUUGGUUUCUCCACUGGGUUGAUGUGUUGUUAUUUUUAUUUAUCAUAUGGCAAUGUUACAUUAGCCAGGAAACUACAAUGCUAAUACUGAAGAGUAGUUUGGCUGCCUAGGACUACUAACCCUGUUAGUUCAUGCUUACAGACUUUCCAAGUGUGUCAGAUAGGGAAAUCUAGCUCUGUACCAGAAAGAAAAACAAGAAAAUUCCCUGCAAUAACAUCUGGGCCCUCUCUCUACAGAAAACUCCCUCACAAACAGGCAUUGCAACAGGGAAGGUCCAGCACCAGCAGGAUUCUAAGCAUCCACAUGAAACUUGUUUCCUCAGGAAAGUUUUUUUAUAUAGCAUGCUUUCAAAAAGCUAGGUGGGCAGUAUCUGAAG